AUGACGACAGAGACGGACAACUUCCUGCAUGCCACGCCAUCGUCGGCAAAAAGCUACCCAACGUACACGCCACCGCCCCCGUUACCCUCACGGAAUUCCGUGAGAACCUCGUCCACGGCAACGCGGCGGACGUUUCACGAUGAGUGCGACGAAGUGAUUCGAUUAAUCCGUGAGGAUACGCUGGCGGCAUCCCCGUCAGAGAGAGCAAUUGGCGGCGUGUGCGUGUCACGCGUCUCAGCGCAUGAAAAGUACCGGGCGAUAUUAGAUGAGGUGGAGCACCUUAACAGACUCCUGGAGGUGACCGUCGAGGAGCGAGUUGACGUGCAGGGGGAACUGCAGGGAAAGUUGACGCAGAUGGGAAUUUCUCUUCGUGCCCGUGAAAGGGAGCUGCGGCAGAGGGACGAGGAACUCUUGCAUCUCCGCGGUGCUGUGGAGGCUAUGAGAACGCAGCUGGAGGCACUUCACCGCACGCGGCAGACGGAGACGCAAACCACCCGCGCGGCGAGUGGCAGCGAGAGUCUCCGCGAUGCCGUCGUCCACCGGGAUGGCGGUGACGGAGUCCCAAGCGCGGCCACUGAUGCCGCCACAAGAAAAGAAACCUCAAAGAAGACGACGAAGUACAUUGCGCAGAGAUCGCUGAGGUGGCUUAAGUUCCUGGUGAAACGUUGCUUCUUCUUCGACGAAGGGGCGAAUGGAAAAUUAACGCAACUUAUGAAUCUGCUGAAUGACUUGGAAGAGUAUAGUGUUGAGCCGCGCCAGGAGGCCCACGCGGUGCGGUCGUUGUGCACACAAGUGUCUAACCGUCUAGUGGAUCUCGUUUUAAGAGGCGCCAAUGAGUGGCGUUUAUUAGACCGUGAUGUAUCGGAUCUGCAAACCUCCACGGAACGGCAUUUCUCCCACGAUCAGGAAGAUUUUCUUCGGCGACGUGUUGCGGAGCUGAAGGUAGAGCGAGAUACUCUCAAGCAGGAGGCAGUUGCCAUCGCAGAGGAAAAUCUGCAACUAAUGAGUGAAUUGAAGUCACGAGAAAUUGCCGCACCUCGCACACCGUCACCGUCAGCACGUGUGGAGCAAUUGGAGGCGCAGAAUGCCAUAUUGUUGGCGGAGCGGAACCGGCAGGCCGUCCAUAUCGAUGAGCUCGAGCAGAAGGUGAGGGCUCUGGAGGAUGAAAAGAAUGCAAUGCACCUCAAUUUGGUUCAGCAAAGAGAGUUACUGAAGCGACAUGAACGUGUUCUUCACUUUAUUUCGCGGCAUGAGUGGGGUGAGAGAAGUGACAGUAGUGGAGGCGAAGGCAGCGGCAGUGGUCGAGUACACACAACCGUGGCAAAGUGA